UUAUUGUACCUACUACAUUGUAUCAUGGUUCUCGCUGCGUCCUGGUCUUCCUUGAUGUAAUCCCCUCGUAUUUUGGGGAGAAGCUAUAUUUUCCCUGACUCUUAGGAGGCUGGGUUUAAAUACCGUAGUAAAGUUUUACUACUACAACAUGGAUGUCAACCCUCUGUGUGUUAUAUUGGUCAAGAAUGGCAGUAGGGGAGACAGGUUGCUUUUUCGUUAUCCAUACUCUGUUGAUACAAAAAUGGAGACAAAAGCUACAAAUAGACGAUCUAACCCAUAUUCAGUGAUCAAUGAUGUGAACAAACUUACAUCUCUAAUAGCCCACACAUCAAACAUCUCCAAUGGCAAACUUGUUGGCUUUAGUGAUAAGAUUAUGUCGAAUCUUUUUGCUGUGAAAAGUGAAUUGUGCGAUAGUAAAUUUGAAUUGAAAGUUAAUGAUGUGAGAUUCGUUGGACACCCUGUACGCCUCGACCCCUCUACAACACAUAGUCGUCCACAAGACAAGCGCAAGUCAUCAACAAUCAUUCUUUUCAAUAUUGUCUUUGCAUUAAAGGCAACUUUAAACCAUGAUGUUGUGAAUUGCUACCAUGAUCUGAGUAUGAGGCUUGGGUUGGCUCUGCGUCAUGAAGAGUACCGCUGCCAAUUUCUCUCAUCUGAAGCUAAGAUUAUGCUUGCAGCUCAUGAUGAGGCUUCCCAGCUGCCAGAGGAUGGUCAAGUCUCACCAUUUCAGCUAAUCUUGGACCGAAGCCUGCUUGCUCGGCACCUCAGGCAAGUUUAUGAAGAGUUGUGUGGAUCAGGUAUUGUUCAACUUCGACUCAACAAAUGGAUAGAAGUUAGCUUUUGUUUGCCACAGAAAGUUCAUCACAGUUUAGCAACUGGUCGUCCAGUUGAUUGUGAAGGGCUUCUUCGAGGGCUAAAAACCUUGAAGCCAUACCACAUAUUGCUUCUUUUGGUGGAGCGGUCAGAACUCCUACAUACAUUGUCACCAGAUGCGUCACAAGCUCUCUGGCGAUUACUUCAUGUAGAAGAGUCACAUCUAACUCCCUUCUUCACAUUAGCUGCUGAUGCUGACCUUACUCUAACUCAGGUUUUAAUGCUAGUGGGUCACCUAGUGUACUGGGGCAAGGCUACUAUCAUAUACCCUGUCUGCAGUACCAACAUGUACGCUCUAUCUCCAAAUGCUCCCACCAUUUUAAAUAGCCAACUAUCUGAGAGCUUUAGUCAGCAAUUUCCGGGUUCCUCUCUCCUUGGUGUUAUGGCAGAGUUUUCUCUACCAACAUCUCUCAGUGAUAAAUGUUAUCCCAUAACUUCACCUCAUCAGCAGCAAGAACAAGUGCAGCAGGUAUUAUGGCUGUUGAAACAUGGUCUACUGCAGCAACUGCAUACUUACGUCUAUCUAUCUCCUCCAAUGUCUUAUGAUUGUGAUGGAGUGAGAGCAGGGGGGCGAGAGCUUGGAGCAGGCCAAACAGGAAGCCAUGGGACCAGUUCUCCAGCUAGUACUAGCAUUCCAACACCAACUGUCCAUGAGCCACCACCUCUCUCCAAUGAAACCUCAUAUCUUGCACCACACCCUCAGUCUAAUCAUCAUCCAGACAUAACUCGUGAUGCUCUCCAUCAUGCAGUAGUGCAACUUAGCCAGCCAGCUUCUGAGAGUGAUUUGGGUUCAGUAUGUAGCGAUGAGAGGAGCCCUAGUCCAGGAAUAAACAUUGGCACCACACCAGAGGAUUCAGUUCACCAUUGUCUGGAUGCUGUAUUAUCUCCUGCAGAAAAAGAGAUGGUGAUGAAAGUGGAAGCAGCACGCAACCCAGAAGAUCUCAAACUUUUCUCAAAAUUGUGUGUUUACUUCCGAGGUCAUCACCAUCUUGAAGAGAUGAUGUACAGAGUUAAUCUAAGAAGAUCAACUCUGCUUCAACUUAUCGACAAGUUCCGCCAGGUGCUUAUAACUUGUCAGCAUCCAGAUGACUCUACUACAUUAUCCUCUCAUGCUAAGUGAUAUUGUGCAAGUCUAGCAUGAGAUUUCAGUUAUUGUAAAUAAAAUGAUGUUGUCAUAAGACAUGUGCUUAGAGAAUUAUAUUUUUUAAUAUUUAUUUUUUCAAUUAUUUAAAUGUUUCUGACCUGCACUCAUGACAAUAAUAAAGUAUUCUGUGAGUAGACCAUGCAUUCAGAGUAUUAAAUGCUUUUAUCACUGCUGCUGCAACUUUUAUGGAUUGUUUAUUUCAGCAGUUGCACUGAACUUUAAAAGCAUAUGGAAAUUCAAUCUAAUAUGCAUGACAUAUUCAGUUUCUAUAAUAUGUACAUUUCCUGGCGGAUUCUCUCCCACUUCAUGAAAGUGUAAAAAGUAAUGAUAAUGAAUAAAGAUUUGAUUGCUUAGUAUAUUUGAGGUGAUAAUUCGGGUUAGGUAGCAUUCAAUAUUCUGAUUCAAAAAUACUGAGCUAUAUUAUACAGAAGAUACAAAGUUGCUAUUUGACAUAAAACUAAAUAAUAUAAACAUACCAUCUUCAAAAAAAAUGAGUGUGAAUGCUCAGAUAAGAAUUCAUCAUCAUACGAGCAGUGGCUCGUACGUUGGAUUGCGUGCAGCCAGCAGUAACAGCCUGGUUGAUCAGGCUCUGAUCCACCAUGAGGCCUGGUCACAGACCAGGCCGCGGGGGCGUUGACCCCCUGAACU